AUGGCACCAAGUGCUAAUGCUCCCCAACAUCUUAUCGUGAAACCCCCAAAUGAUGAUCAAUUAGGCAAAAGAGAUCCUAACCAUACACUUAUAAGUAGUACUAUAGACAGAAUUAGGGCAAUGGAAGCUUUGAAAAAUGACCGACGUUUUAUGAAUAUCAUGGCUGAGAUGCAAAAUGAAGUGAUAUUUGAGCAACUAAAUGCUAAUGUUUUUCGCAAAAGAUCUGAGAUGGAAGAAGCUUUUCCAGAUGGAGAUGGAGAAAUCCUUUUUACUGUAAAGUUUAUGGAGGCUUUUGGGAGGAAAGCGUUGCCAAAUGACAUUGAUGUCUCUGAUUAUGGAAUUACGUACUGA